GAGCGGCUCCGCGGCCGGCACGGGACUCUCCUUGGAGAGCCUCAUGAGGCCUGAAAGCCUCAGUGAAGCAACCUCAGACUGUUCCCUCAUCUCUCCUGGAAGCAAAGACCUUGUAGGCACAUUUGGCGAGAACUUGCGAGUCCCCCCAGCCCCGGAGCCGUGUGGUCUCACAGAGCCAUGAUGAAGCUUCUGCCCGUUGCCCCCAUCCUCCUGCUUCUACUGACAACGCUGGAAGCCAGACCAAAACCUGCAGCCCUGAAGUGCAGGACGGGUCCCCUGGACAUCGUGUUUGUGAUCGACAGCUCCCGCAGCGUGCGCCCCUUCGAGUUCGAGACCAUGCGGCGGUUCAUGAUGGACAUCAUCGGCAGCCUGGACGUGGGCCCCAACGCCACGCGGGUGGGGGUGAUCCAGUACUCCAGCCAGGUGCAGAACAUCUUCUCCCUCAAGACCUUCUUCACGCGGGCAGACAUGGAGAAGGCCAUCAACAGCAUCGUCCCGCUGGCCCAGGGCACCAUGACGGGGCUGGCCAUCCAGUACGUCAUGAAUGUGGCCUUCACCACGCAGGAGGGCGCACGCCCUCUGCACAAGAAGAUCCCCCGCAUUGCCAUCAUUGUGACAGACGGACGGCCCCAGGACCGUGUCACCGAGGUGGCCACCCAGGCCCGGAAUGCUGGCAUCGAGAUCUAUGCCGUGGGCAUCCAGCGGGCAGACAUGAACUCACUGCGGGCCAUGGCCUCACCACCGCUGGAGGAGCACGUCUUCCUGGUGGAGUCCUUUGAGCUCAUCCAGCAGUUUGGGAAGCAGUUCCAGGACAAGCUCUGCGGGGUGAACACGUGCAUGGAGCAGGAGCACGGCUGCCAGCACAGCUGCAUCAGCACCCCCAGCUCCUUCUACUGCGAAUGCAACCCUGGCUACAGGCUCAACGUGGAUGGAAAGACCUGUUCCCCCAUCAAUGCCUGCGAAGACGGGAGACAUGGCUGUCAGCACCAGUGCGUCAGCACUCGUGGGUCGUACUUGUGCCACUGCCGCGCGGGUUACUACCUCAACCAGGACAAGAGGAGCUGCUCUAUGAUCGAUUACUGCAGCUUCGGCAACCACAGCUGCCAGCACGAGUGCGUGAGCAUCCCCAACGGGCACUACUGCCGCUGCCGCAGCGGGUUCACGCUGCAGCCCGACAGCAAGUCCUGCAGAGCCACCGACCUCUGCAACGGGGUGGAUCACGGCUGCGAGUUCAAGUGCGUGAGCACGGAGGGCUCCUACCGCUGCGUGUGCCCCGAGGGCCAGCAGCUCCAGGCUGACGGCAAGGCGUGCAGCAAGUGCGGGGCUGGGCACGUUGACCUGGUGAUGGUGAUCGAUGGCUCCAAGAGUGUCCGGCCCCAAAACUUCGAGCUGGUCAAGCAGUUUGUGAACCGCAUCGUGGACCUGCUGGAGGUGUCACCCCAUGGCACGCGGGUGGGGCUGGUGCAGUACUCCAGCCGCGUCCGCACCGAGUUCCCCCUCAACAAGUACCACAGCGCGGAUGAGAUCAAGAAGGCGGUGAUGGAGGUGGAGUACAUGGAGAAAGGCACCAUGACAGGUCUUGCCCUCAAGCACAUGGUGGAGCACAGCUUCUCUGAGCUGGAAGGCGCCAGGCCUCUCUCCCACAACGUGCCCAGAAUCGGGCUCGUCUUCACAGACGGGCGCUCCCAGGAUGACAUCUCUGAAUGGGCCAGGAGAGCAAAGGAGUCAGGGAUUGUCAUGUUCGCCGUGGGUGUUGGCAAGGCUGUGGAAGAGGAGCUGAGAGCAAUUGCCUCCGAGCCGGUGGAGCAGCACUUCUCCUACUCGGCGGACUUCACCACCAUGACCCACCUCGUGGAGAACUUCAAGCUGAACAUCUGCCCAGAGGAGGGCAAAGGGGAGACGGAGAUCCGCAGCCCGUGUGAGUGUGAGGCGCUGGUGCAGUUCCAGACAAACACCGUGGCCAUCCUGCAGAGCCUGACUGAGAAAAUUGCUCAGAUGACGGCCAGACUUGAAGACUUGGAAAAGCAGAUUGCCAACAAGAAGUGAUCCUUGCAGAGGGCUGCAGCGCUCAGACGGGGCACGGGGACAUACAGUAGCUAUGUGGCAUUGUUAUUGCUAGGUUAUUGUAAAGCAUCAGUGUUUGUUCUUGUAUCACAAAAUCCCCAGGGGGAUGUGGAGUGUAUUUAAAAAAAACAAAAAUCCU